AAACCUUCAAUGGGUGCAUAUCACAGCCAGCCUUUAGCACCCAAGUGUGCUCCUAGAAAAGAGAAUGGCGGAAUCAAGUAUGCCGUGUCAUCUCUGCAAGGACUUCGUGAUGAAAUGCAAGAUGCUCAUGCAGCUAUCCUAGAUUUAGAUGGUUCUGGUUUCACAUCAUUCUUUGGUGUUUAUGAUGGCCAUGGAGGAGCUCAAGUAGCACUGUAUUGUUCUAGACAAUUUCACAUUGAGCUUGCGAAUGAUCCAGAAUAUGAUAACAAUCUACGUGUCGCAUUGGAGCGCGUGUAUUUCAGAAUAGAUGAGAAGUUACAACAAUCGGAUGCAUGGAGGGAGUUGGUUUCUCCCCCGGGUAAAGGAAAUUUGAUAAGGUUUCCCAAGAUUGAUGAUUGUUUUGUUGAGCUUUUGCCAUGGAAGCAUAAUUUGAUUUUGGAUUUUUCGGUUGUAUGCCUCAGUUUGGAAUUUGUUCUGCAGGUACCCUAUACUGGCCCCCUACAUGAAGGAACCACAGCAUGUGUGGCUCUCAUCAGAGGCAACCAGAUCAUUGUUGGAAAUGCUGGUGAUUCCCGUUGUGUGCUCUCAAGGAAUGGUCUGGCAAUUGAUCUGUCCACCGAUCACAAGCCAAACCAUCAACAUGAAAGAGAGAGAAUUGAAGCAGCGGGAGGACAAGUAGUUAGGACGGAAUCGGGCCUCUAUUGCAUCAAUAACGAAAAAAUAUCCACAUCCAGAGCAAUUGGUGAUUUUCAGUACAAGCAGAAUAAAACUUCGCUUCCUGCAGAACAAAUGGUGACAUGUAACCCUGACAUUUGCACUGUGGACAUAACCAAUGAUACUGAUUUUCUUCUUAUAGCAAGUGACGGUGUCUGGGAUGUGAUGACAAGUCAACAGGCGGUUGAUUUUGUACGCCAGUACAUGCAAUCGGGGGAGACAGAUCUGCAUGUCAUCUGCGAGUCACUUCUUGAUUCAUGUGUGAGCUCGAUGGACAAUUCGACCGUGAUACUGGUUCAGUUCAAGGGCGGCGCCGAGAUCGUUGGAGGGCAGUCCAGCGGUCGCUCCGGUCGGUGCGAGCUCCGAGAUCGUCCAAGUGCAACCCACCAACCCCAGUGAGGACGAACGAGAAGGAAUCCCUCUGAUGACAGAAGGUGCUUCUGAGACUUGUUCGAGGAUGGAUGAAUGAGUUUUGAAUUUUGGUGAAGAGUGAUCCCUGUGUUGGGAAGAUUACUGUUAUAAUUUUGCUAUCUGUCGUGGGCAGAGUUGGUGUAUUACAAAUCUAAUGUGUAGGCUGAUACGACACCAUACAUAGCAUAGGUGUGGACAGUUGCUUUUGCUUUGUAGCCUUCACUGCGUAGUAGUUUUUGCCGGAGUUUUCCUAGAGAUUUUUGCCAUACAGCCACUUGGAUCACGUACACUCUGUUUCUUGUUCUGACAU